CCGAGUUAUCGUCAGCGGCUUUUCUUCCCACGUGGUCAGUUUUCCAGCGAGCCAUAUUAAAAUAAGCGACCAAGAAAAAGAAUCUCGUGACCGAAGCCCAAACAAAUGGAUUAGCCGCAGCAAUUCAUUCCCAGCUCAGUCCCGCAACCUCCCUUUCCACCGCCGCCAGUGGAUCCAACCUCAGUGCAUCGUCCCUCAAUUCUCCGGCACGACGCCUAAACUUCGCAUCCCCCAACACUUUUUUCACGGCUUCUCCGACCUCCACCGCACUUGGCGGCGCCGCCCCAGUCGGGUCGGCCAGAUAAACUCCCAUUCCGGACCACUCAACACGCCUCCCAAUGUCGGGCUUGUCGAAAAAGCGACCGGUCUGCACCAGCGGCACCGCGUGCGCAACAGCAUGCGUCAAUCCGCCGUAUCCGCUGCUCGACAGAAAAACGUCGGCGUGCGGGAGGAUCGCGUCGUAGGGGAAGUAGUCGAGAACGUGACAAUUUGCCGGCAGCUCCCCGUUGGCGAAGGAGCUCGCGUCUAGCGUAGCGCCCUUGACGCACAGCACCACAAUCACCACGACGUCGUCGCGCCCCGCCAGCGCCUGCACCGUCGGCACGAUCAGCUCGUUGUGGUCCAGCACCUCGGUUCCCUGCGCCACGAAGACGACCUUCUUGCGCCCGCCUUCGUGGCCGAUUGAGUAGGCUGCGCUGUUCUUGAAGACCACCUCGUCCCACCACGCCGGGUACUUGAGCCCGCUCGGUAGUGCCUUGGGUGGCAGGGGGCCCGCGAAUUUUAGGUGUGCAGGCCACGACGGUGUAGGGAACUCUAGCCCGCGCAGUCCCAUCUGCAACGUCACGUCGUGGCAUACAGUGGACGCGUCCCAGAAUGGAUGCCUCAGUCCUGAUGCAGGGUCGUUGAACGGCUCCAACAACGUGUCGACCUUUUCUGCGCACGCCAUCAUGGUGAGACAUUUACGUGCGCGGUCCUCCGCCUCCUGGUUCCAUGCCUCCUGGUGAGCCUGCAGCGUUCGGGUCUUGCCUUCUUCACUGUCAUCGUAAGGAAGGCCUGAUCCCCACGGUGGUCGUUCAGCUGCUGCCCAAUACACUGGAACUACACCGAUUCCGAUCGUCUUGAUCUUGACCUUUUCCAGCCCACAUCCAGGUGGGAGGUGCGUCUUCAGCUUGAGGGGCAAGGUCCCCGAGAAACACGUGUCCGAAAGCACUACGAUCCUUUCCGUUGCCCAGUCUCUCCCCAUGAUUCCGGUGAGCGCCGUACAUACAGACUGGAACCCACUGGGAAGCAGCGUGGUGAACCCCUCGUCCAGCGAUGCGGCAUUCCUCGCGGCUGAAGUCGGCGCCGACACGAUGGUAGGCCACCAGGACACGUCGUCGAGCGCAACAGCCCACAGGCCGAUACAGGGGCUAUAUAUGGCACCGAUGGCCUCGAUGGCAUCCCGCCAGCGAUCCGUCCCCAGCAUCGUGACAUUGUACCCAUGCUCGAUCAGUUGGGCGCUGAUUUGCAGGGCCGGCCGCAUGUGGCCCUCGCGCGGGGGUACCGCAUAGAGGAUCUUGGGCUUUGGUGGCGGCUGCUUGGUUUCCAUUUUCUGUGCUUUGGGAUUUGUGAGCGACAGCCGGGUUAUUUGCUGGUGAUAGUCGUUGCCUAGGUCGAGAUCAAGAUAAGGUCCAUAGAGGCUGAGUGGGUAUUACCGCACGUUGACGAGCGGAAACAUCCGUGGGGUAGUCGAGUCCCGAAGUGAUCCCAUGACUGCGGUUAUCUGGAGAUAGAGUGGCCUCAAGCAACAUCCUUGAGUCGUGUAUCGCGAAAUGGCCUUUUAUGCGACGUGCUACGUAAUAGAAAUUUCCCAGUCCCCGAAAUGACAUCGCCGUGGAAGCCCCGCCUCCAUUGGAGAAAGACUGACUCGAUCAUGUGCUUUGGCCCAAUGCCCUGAGAUGCGUAGGAUUAAUCCCUGGUCAUAUCGGGAGUCAGUUCAAAGGGAGACAUCAGUCCUCGUCAUAAAACACCAUGGCCCGGACCUCGACGCUGAACCUCGGCCGGCCGUUUUUCUCAUCCAUGUCCGGGUCCUUGAAGGCGGCGUGCGGCACACACUUGGGCCAUCCUUCCCGCUUGGUGGUGUCGACCUGCGUGAAGAGCAGCACCUCGUCCGUCGCCUGAUCGUUCUUGUAAUACCACUUUUGCGCCUCGUUGGCGCGCAUCUCGAUGGACUCGGCGUCGUGGUCCGGGAACUUUAGCGGCACCCGCACGAUGUCGUCGGGGCUGAUUGACCGCGCGUCCGUCACGGCGAAGGGGUCGCGCUCGAUGGGGCGGACUGGACGCCACAUCUAUUUUAGGGGGCAGGAUUUUCGCUGUUAGCUUUUGUGAAGGCGCGCUUGUUUGGCUUCCGAAAUAAGCUUUUUUUCCCCGUGGGAACAGGGAACCCACGUUGAUGAUCUGGUACCGCGGAAGCUUAAGAAGCGCCUCGACGUCGUCCUUGAUCCAACGCCGGGCCACUCCCUCGGCCGCCCAUGCGGACUGGUCGACAUGGCAAGUGUACAACGGCCCGUAUGGACCUUUGUCUGGCUCACCGUCCUCAGGACCGCUGCGGAGGAUGUGGGUGAGGAUGUGGAUGCUGUGCGGCUUUGGUCUGCGGUUCCUCACUGCCAUAUCAGCGGUCUUGAUCCUUGCCAGAGCAUAAGUCAUUUUCCCCCCAAGGCAAACUUACAGGCCAGGAACCUUGUGCAAAACCCCCUCCAGAAACUCUCUCAUCUCAGGGUAGUGCACCCUCUUGACCAGCUCAUCGUUAUUGAUGUCGGCCUCGAUGUUUUCCAGCUUUGACUUGUGCUUGGCAAGCUGGAAGCCGUGUGUGGCAAGACCGUACUCGGCUUCAUUGCCUGUGAUAUCGGUAAUGGUCACUGGGGCGUAGACCUUGGGUGUUGGUUUUAUGGGAUCGUCUGGGCUGUAGUUGUGUGGGCGGUGGAAUCUCAGUCAUUGUUUCUCGUUCCUGGGGUGUAGAUCAUAGGGCUGUAGAUCAAAGGGCUGAGAGGAUGACAAACUUCAACGUACCCCCCAAUUAUCAUAGGCUCUGGCGCAACACCCAGCGGCCCUCCGUAGAACUGAAUCUGGGUCUGAACAACCUUCCUCGGACUCUCUGCUUUCUUGUUCGGUGUGCUCUUCAGGUUCGUGGAGGGUACCUUGUCGGCCAGGGACAGGUCCUUGAGGGCAGCCUCCAACUCUGUCUUGGUCUCAACCGUAGUAGUCAUUUCGGCGGCCAUUUUACGUUUGGCUUUUAUUGCUAUGUGUGAGCCAGACUAGGACUAGUCUGUCAGCGGAAAGUUUGACAGGCAAAAAGGGGAUAUCGCUUUCACUUCUCGGAGUCUAAAUGGAGGGGCAAAAGACGAAGAUAAGCAAAGUCAAGUGCCAUCUCAACCCGCAUCCUGGUCGCUGAUCGGCCCCUCCCCCCGAUGUAGCAACCGGGUGGACUCCGGGGUCGAUACAAGCAAUCACUGCCAAGAUUACAUCCUACAGAUUGUCCGGGGUGGUCCUGGGAGCCUGAGUCGCGCGUUUAUCGUAUUGAUGGAUACUGCCUAUGUCCACAGACAUCUAAAUGACCCAGUUACUCUAUGAGUACUACUUAGGCUUCCUUAGUUUCUUGUGUUUCCCCAUGGCACCAGUUUUUCGGGAACAAAUCAAGAGCGAAUCCUGGCUUGCCAAGAGAAAAAAAACCCCAAAGUCUGAGCUCCAACCAACGCCGCCGAGAACCAACGUAGAAAUCGCCUUGUAGCCAUGGGGGGUGUCGCAUCCAUCCCGAGCACGGACCCAGCCUGCACCCUGCAGGUGAUCGGGGCCGGCUUCUCCCGCACGGGGACGGUGUCCAUGGCGCUGGCUCUCGAGAAGCUCCUCGGGGGACCCGUGUGCCACGGCGGCACGCAGAUGCACAUGCUCGGCGACGAGUACGCGCGGCGGUGGGUCGAGGUGUAUGAGGCGCGGCACGACCGGCCGGAGCUGCUGAGGCGGCUGAGGGAGGUGACCAGGGGCUUCGUGGGCAUCACCGACAUGCCGGGCGUGCACUUUGUCGAGGAGCUGCUGGAGCUGUACCCCGAGGCCAGGGUGGUGGGCGUCAGGAGGGAUGCCGACAGGUGGUGGAAGAGCGCCAACGAGAUGCACGACAAGAUGACGCCGUGGUACAUGGAUGUGCUGCUGUGGCCGGUGCCGACUUCGAGGUGGUUUGCGCGGUGGCAUGAGCUCGCGAUGGAGAGGACCAAGGAGUUGGGGCUGUUGCCGUUUGGGCCUGAAUAUCUCGACAGGUAUAACGACUGGGUGUCCCGGGUUGUGCCAGAAGAAAAGAUUGUGUGGAUGGAAAUGAAGGACGAGUGGGGACCGCUGUGCAAAAUGCUCGACAAGCCAAAACCAGACUUACCUUUCCCAAGGGCCAACGAUGCUGAGGCUGCAGAAGGGCUUAUCAGAGAAAAGGUCAAAAAGGCCACCUUCAUAUGGAGCGGGAUAAUAGGAGCCAUCGCCAUCUCUGCCGCCGUUGCUCACCGUAUAUAUAGGCAUACGUAGGCGACGGCCUUUAGAGGCCAAGGGCGGCGGGCCAGCGGGGGUCUGUUCUCUUGUAUUCUUGGGCCCUUUCGGGCGGCGGCGUCGUGAGCCAGUCGGAAAACCUUCCGAUCGGCGUGCGGCGAAGCAUCAUCACCGUCGCCAUGCCGGCGAGGUGGAUAGCGAGGUGCUGUAAAUUUUGUAACCACCUUUGUUAGCGGCUGGAGACUCUUCAUCCCUCUUUAAUUCUGCAUCCUGGGGGCCAAAGUGGCGUUACAUGGCAAGGUGUAAAGAGCAUAUGGCAAACGUUUGUACUUACCAUCCUGGUUACAUGAGGCAUUUUUGCUUGUUGUGAGACUGGAAUCAGUGAGUGAAUAUGUCAAAACGCGCCUGUUGUGCUGGGUCUGCUAACGUACUGGUCCUUGGUAGUCUGGUCUGCUCUAAUUAUCAAGUACUAGAACUAGUCGGUCAGUUCAAAAGUGAAGGAACUUUGAGUUGCGACGCUCUUUACAUACCUUCCUUUUCGGGAAAAGAGUCUGCCGGUCGGUAGGCGGUGGCAGAUGGCGUCAAGGGGUUUCCAUUAUCCAUACAUACAAUCUUGACACUUAGAAUUUUCUCACUUCAGCUCUUCAUUUUCCAAAACAGCCUACACCUGGAGGAUCGACAAUAUGUGGAGUUUGUCAGCCCAUAUAUUUUGGCAUCGUGGUCAUUUUGAACGCAUAAGGGUCUCUGAUCAUUGUCUCUUCAAUUUGUGCUUGCCUAAGCAAUUUAUCUAAUCUCCAAAGGAGCCUCUUCCCUAGCAAGUCACAGAUUGGGGUAUGCUGGACUGCUCUAUUCACAAGAAUUUAAAACAACUAACCCUUCACUCGCCUGCACCAGACCAACAAGAACUCAUCUUCGAGCCACAAGUUGACACUCCCCGCCACCAAGAAUCUGACGAGACAUGGACCUCGUGACCAUCCGCUCCAUAUCCGAACCGUUUGCAUCGGACCUCUGCAGUGUCGCAACCCUCGAGCUGCCAAAGUUGCGAUGCCUCACACCGUCAUUCGACUCCGCAGAUACAGGCGAAAGCGGGCUCUCCCUUGGCGACAGCUGCAAAAACGCCGCAUACUCGGGCGACGACUUCUUCCACCCCCUUACAAAGACCUCCAAGACCCGAGCGGCAGCUACCAGCAGCUCGGACUCGGACGGUGGCGGACGUUCCCGGCUGGCCUUUCUAGAGUCCGCACGGGCGGCGGCGACGUGGUAGAGGCCGUUCCUGCCGUUUCUUGCGUAUUUCGGCGGUUUCGCAUCGAUGAGCGGGUUAUAGACGUCGCGCUCGGGGCUGUGAAGCAGCGCGAAGCAGAAGCGGAGGGCGUGGUCCUCGGGCUUCCAGGCCGUCUUGUCGGCGUCGCCGAGGAUGUGAUGUGCCUGCAGCGGAGUGUUGACGAUGCUGUAGGCGUCCGGGAGGAAUGUCGGGUCUUGGCGGCCCGGGUGCCGUAGGCGAGGGAUGAGGAAUGAUGCUGCGAAUUCGGCAAAGAUGGCAUCGGCGUACCGGCCAAACGCCCAGUCCUCGAGGGAGCCUCUUGUCCAUCUGUCUCUUGGGAGGCUGUGCUCCGCGAUGAGGGCUGUGAUAAAUGCCUGCUUAUCUGUGUCAGGUUGGGGCCUGUCUGUACGGACAAUGAUGGUGUCGUGGGACAUUAUGAGGGACUGUGAUAUACUGCUAGGAAGUUAGAAGGCAAUGCGAAAGCUCAGUGAACUUACUGUUCAAGAUUUCCAGUCGAUUAUGC